UGAAACUUGAAGUGAGCGCGCGCGCGACGCGCGAUUUGUGAGCGAAAACAAAAAUUCAGUCAACAGCUGUACUCUAUUUGUGGUGGACUGUUGUAUUGCUGGACUUGCGUUAGCUGAAUUUUAAGAUUUUAAAGUUUAUAUAAAAUGAAUUAUAUACUAACCAUGUUCGUUAAAUAAUAGUUUAUUUAUUUUUAAACGACAAGUCUUUUAAAUUUACUUUCGCGUGGCUCUACAAUAUUAGUGUCAUUAUCUGCGAUGAGUUCUGUGAAUUAAACAUCCAAGUUUUUGGUAAUUUUCCAAAUAAGUAUAAAAGAAACGAUGGAAUCCAAUCCAAAAGACAUCGAAUUAAGCCCGGUAAAUUCUAGCCCAGACAAUAGUAGAUCGGCAAGAGAAAAGUUUAUCACGCCGGCAAACGACGAAGAGGAUGUUAUUAUCGGUCGAUUUAGAAAAAUUAGUUCAGCCAAAUCCAUGGCAGCUACCAAUGGUAACAUUCAAUAUCCUUCCGAGAUUAUUAGGAAUGAAGCCGACGUAGAGGCCGGGUUACAGUUUAAAGUUAAAGAAUGCGAAAAGGAGCGGUUGUUGCCUGAGCCUUCGGAUAGCAACGUGGUUGUUCUUCCCAAGUCUCCCGUCACGAAGAGCAGCUUUCGAGACAUGGAGAAACCUUCACGAUUCAAAGAUCAACCGUCCACAACCAGAUUUCAGAUGGAAAAUCCUGACCCUCGUUCGGAUUCUGACAGUUCAGGCAUGGAGAGCGACGACCCUCUAACGACCUCUGACACGAAAUACGGUAAAAGUUUCAGACACUUCACCCGCGAGGCCCUACCUCGGCUGGACAACUACAGGAAUGUCCUGUCGCUGCACGCGGCUCCUAGACCCACCCUGGAUGAGCUUCAUAAUGCAUCGUUAUCAAGGAAGCCAGGUCAGACCAUGGAAAAGGACCAGGCCACAGUGGCCAUACCAACCACAUCUGUCAAGUUCGGCUGGAUCAAGGGUGUCCUGAUGAGAUGUCUCCUCAACAUCUGGGGUGUGAUGCUGUUCUUGCGACUGUCCUGGGUCGUGGGUCAGGCCGGGAUUGCGCAGGCAUCUCUGUUGAUAUUGACCACCAGCGUGGUGACCACCAUCACUGCCCUCUCGAUGUCCGCCAUCAGCACCAACGGAGUCAUUAAAGGAGGUGGUACGUACUACAUGAUCUCUCGCUCCCUGGGCCCGGAGUUCGGUGGUUCCAUCGGGCUCAUCUUCUCUAUGGCCAACGCAGUCGCCUGCGCCAUGUACGUGGUGGGCUUCGCGGAGUCACUCAUCACACUCAUACCAGAGACCGCCUACAUGGUCGACAAGAAUUGGGACCAGGCCAUCUACGGCUGCAUCACGAUCGUUUUACUCACCGGUAUCGUGAUGGUGGGUAUGGAAUGGGAGGCGAAGGCUCAGAUUGUGUUGCUGGUGGUAUUGUUGGCAGCCAUAGCGGACUUCUGUGUGGGGGCGCUCGUGGGGCCCAAGAGCGAGCAGGAGGUCGCGCAGGGCUUCGUCGGCUUUAACUGGACUGUGAUGCUGAGUAACCUGGGUCCGGACUAUAGAUAUUUCGAGGGUCAGCACCACAACUUCUUCUCGGUGUUCUCGAUAUUCUUCCCAGCCGCUACCGGUAUACUCGCAGGGGCCAACAUAUCCGGGGACCUGAAGGACCCGCAGAAGUCAAUCCCCAAGGGUACCCUACUGGCCAUUCUCCUCACGACUCUGUCGUACUUGUUGAUCGCGGUGGUGGCGGGCGCGUGUGUGGUGAGGGAUGCGUCAGGAAACCUCCAGGACGUGGUGGACGGCACCCUCGGCCUCUGUAGAGACAACGGCACCUGUCAAUACGGCCUACAUCACAGCAACGAUGUAAUAAGGCUGGUGUCAGGGUUCGGACCUCUGAUAUACGGCGGCUGUUUCGCGGCCACACUGUCCUCGGCGCUCGCGUCCCUGGUCUCCGCGCCCAAGGUGUUCCAGGCGUUGUGUCAGGACAAGCUGUACCCGUGGCUGGAGUUCUUCGCGAAGGGUUACGGAGCUAACAACGAGCCGGUCAGGGGAUACGUGCUCACCUUCGUCAUAGCCGUGGCCUUCAUCCUGAUGGGCGGGUUGAACCAGAUCGCUCCCCUGAUAUCUAACUUCUUCCUGGCCGCCUACGCCCUCAUCAACUUCGCCACGUUCCACGCCAGCCUCGCCCGCCCCGUGGGCUGGAGACCCACCUUCAGAUUAUACAACAUGUGGCUGUCCCUGGCGGGGUCGCUGGUGUGCGCCGCCAUCAUGUUCGUGGUCUCGUGGUUCAACGCGCUCCUGACGCUGGCAGCCCUGCUGGCCCUCUAUUUGCUAGUGUCGUAUCGCAAGCCAGAUGUGAACUGGGGCUCCACCACCCAGGCCCAGAGGUACAAGGCGGCCCUGUCCGGCGUACACCAGCUGAACGCGGUCAGCGAACACGUUAAGAACUACAGGCCUCAGAUCCUGGUGCUGACGGGUUUCCCCGGGGAGAGGUCCAUGCUCACGGACUUCACGUAUCUCCUUACCAAGGGACUGUCGCUGAUGCUCUGUGGGCACAUCCUGCAGAGCGCCAUCAACCACCGCACGCGCGAGGCGCUAUCGGCGCGCGCCUACCAGUGGUUCAGCAAACGAAACAUCAAGGCCUUCUACACCAUCGUGGACGACGCCAGCUUCAAGGACGGAGCCGGCGCGCUCCUACAGGCGAGCGGUCUGGGCAAGUUGAAGCCGAACAUUCUUCUGAUGGGCUUCAAGGAGGACUGGCAGACCUGCCCGCGACAGGAACUGGCCGGCUACAUCGACGUCAUGCACAAAGCUCUAGACUUGCACAUGGGCCUGUCUCUGCUGCGCGUGUCGGGAGGUCUGUACAGCUGCGACACGCUGGACGAGGACCUGCUGGCCUGCCUCCAGCCGCCCGCCCAGGUCGAGCCCGCCCUGGCACCAUCAAUGGGCGACGGACACAAGAAGUCCUCCGAGACGCUGAACUCUCAGUCCAGAGUCAGCAGCGUGUCCGACGUGUCGUGUGAGGCGGGCGGGGCGAGCGGCGCGUGUCCCACCCCCGAGCGCUUCCCCCGGCUGGCGGGCGGGGUGGACGUGUGGUGGCUGUACGACGACGGCGGCCUGACGCUCCUGCUGCCCUACAUCCUCUCCACGAGGCGGGCCUGGGCCUCGUGCCCGCUCCGGGUCUUCACCCUGGCCAACAACAACGCCGAGAUGGAGAUAGAGGAACGCAACAUGGCGUCCCUCCUGUCCAAGUUCCGUAUCGACUACUCGUCGCUGAAGAUGAUCCCGGACGUGUCCCGGCGGCCGCGGGACUCCACCCUCGCCUACUUCAACAAGCUCAUAGAACCCUUCACCGCCAGGGACGACUCGGACGACAGCUUCGGCAUCACCCCGUCGGAGCUGCGCGCGGCCGAGUCCCGCACUCACCGCUACCUGCGCGUGCGGGAGCUGGUGAGCAGCCAGUCGGCCUGCAGCCGCCUGGUGUGCGUGACGCAGCCCAUGCCGCGGCGCCGGGGCCUGCCGCCCGCGCUGUACGCCGCCUGGCUGCACGCCCUCGCCACCGCCGCCGACCGCGUGCUGCUGGUGCGGGGGAACCACUCGUCCGUGCUCACCUUCUACUCCUAGGUCCGGAGCGACGCCCGCCGCCGGACCAUACGAUCAUUUCGUGUUGAAAAUACAUCAUCCUCCCGGAGCCGCAGCGCGCGCGGCGUUAUUAUAUACGUGUGCAGGAUGUCCGCAGUACGAGCGCCGCACGGAGCCGCGGCAGCCCGGCGCGAGGGACCAAUAGAGAUAUGUUAGUGUAAGGUCACGGCGGGUAGUCGCGCGCUCUGUAUGUGUAUCUAUCGUAAUAGCUGUGCGGAGCAGCCCCGGCGUCCCGCGGGCGCCCCGGGGAUGUAUGUAUGAUAUGUAAGCCUGGAAGUACAAACUCUCCCCACAUGCACCGACCCGUCACCGCUGACGGCGAGCGGCCGGUGUCGCCCCCUAGCGUAGCUGUGGUGCUUUACACUCGUUGUCUACUGAUAUAUAUGUCUAUACGAUUCCAUUGUGCCUAUUUUAUAUGAUAUUCUCAUUUUUAUGAAUUGACUUAACUUUUGACGAAAUUAUACAUUUUUUGAUAUCUAUUGUAUAGGUCUAGUGUAUCGUUUCGGCGUUUUACAAAUUUGUAAUCUCAUUGUGUGUGUUGUUAAUAUAUUCACUAUAUACGUAUUGCCUCGCGUCACACGUCCAGGUGUUCUCAGGGAAUUUGGUUUCAAUGAAAUUAAUCAUAGAUCUGCGGGCUUGGGCCGUUGGCAUGUGACAGGAACUGUCCGCCUGCCAUCAGUUAGCGCGCCCACACUGCGCACGAGGCGUUUUCCGUUUCUCAUUCGGUUUUAAUGCUAUGAUUUGCCAACACUUAUGAAUGAGGAACUGUCGCCGCUCCGUGUUGAGUGCGCCGACGCCGACUUGUCCUGAGGCAGUUCCGUCACAUUAGUCCCGUCACCAAUACAUCCGGUACAGAUCGUCAUUUCUCGGUUAAGUCCAACAUGACUAUGAUUUCUUUAAGUCUCAGAGCAUCGGUGGUAGUUACCGGUUUUGCCUAUGAUGUGAAACUAAUAUUGCGAACGUAUUUUAAUCACUACGUUAUUAAAAAUAUACUAACUGUUUCAAACAAAUGUUAUUCUAAGACAUUAUAUAUGCGUAGUUGGAUAUUUUUAUAAACGAUUGUAACAUCAAGAGAAUGGUAAUGGAUGUCGUGACGCUGAGAACACGCAAUGCAUUGAAUUAAUUUAUUUUAGUUAAAUAUACAAACUAUAUUUUACAGUGA